ACUGCUCCUUUGUCACUGCUCCCACCGAACUUAGUACACUGGUCCCUGUACACCUACCACUCGCCGUAGUGAGUGGAACUGGGGUUACAGUAAACUUGGCGAGCCAGCCAGGAGCAGUGGGUAAGCAUCCUCUACCACAGACAAGCUGAAACUUACCAAAUUGGAAAAGAAAAAAAAAAAACCUGAUCAAUAUGGAGAUAGUAGAUACUGAGAACAUUAAGGUCCCUAAUUCGGUUCUUGUUAGUGGCAUCACAGACACUGAAAUUGAUAGUGAACUAGUUGACUUCUUGAGCAAAUAUGGCACAGUGUUAAGAGUCAUACGUGUGGACAACCCUAAAUCAGAGUUCCACAAAAAUGUGAUAGCUGAGUAUGAUAGUGGCCUUGCACUGAAGAUUCUUGAGUCAUUGCUACCUCUAACCUUUGAAAGUCCCAGCAAGCCUGGUGUAACGUUUAAGUUAAGGGCACUCUCAAAAGUGUACCUACCAACCGCAGCUGGUAAUGCUACAGAGGACUAUUUAGUUAGACUACAGAGGAUUGCUAGGAUGAGUGGAAGGUCGUUUGAUGAUGUUUUGAAGGAGGAGUUAGCGAGGUGCAGCGAAAUUUUCGCAUCCCAGCCGGAUGCUGUUCCGGAUGAAACCAUAAUGCAGUCUCGUCCGCAAGGUCAACGUGAAUCUGUCCCCGUGCCCAGUAGUGAGAUGACAGUGGAGACUGAACCCUCUCAGUCCAGAGAAGUGGGCUUGAAAAAGAUAAGAAAUGAGGAACCCUCUGCUGCAAAGCUGUCUGCAAAGAACAGAUGUCCCCCUAUGAUUUCAGUAAGUGACAUUAAUCCCCCUGAGAUUCAACGCGUUAUUGUAGAGCACAUUGUGAAAAAUGAAGGAGGGGGAUCGCAAAUGCAUGCACCUCUAAGGCUCAGAGUUUUCUCUGGUAGAGGGCCUCGCCCAAGCAAUGAAGCUGACUAUGAGACAUGGCGAACCAGUGUCGAGCUCCUCAUGCAAGAUCCAACUCUGUCUGACCUACAACGGUCACGGAGGAUUCUUGACAGUUUACUUUCCCCCGCAUCAGAUGUUAUCAAGCCUCUAGGACCCCAAGCCUUACCUGCUGCUUACCUCAAUAUCCUUGAUUCUGCUUUCGGCACGGUGGAGGACGGGGAUGAACUCUUUUCCAGGUUUCUGAACACUGUGCAGAAUGUGGGAGAGAAGCCAUCCCUGUAUUGUCAGCGCCUACAGGUAGCGUUGAGUAAGGCUGUGAAGGGUGGCAGCAUCUCUGGUGAUAAGGCUGACCAGCAUUUAUUGAGGCAGUUUUGUCGUGGGUGUUGGGACAACACAUUGAUCUCCGUUCUGCAGCUUGAGCAAAAAAAAGAAAAACCACCUCCCUUCGCCGAACUGCUUUUGCAGUUGCGUAUAGAGGAGGAUAGGCAAGCUGCAAAGGAUAUUAGGAUGAAAAUGCAUUUAGGAGUGUCCAAGCCGAGAGCCACCUCCCACUGCCAAACUGUAUGUCAGGGUGAGCAUAAGCCGAGUGGGUCAUUGCAGGUGGAAGGUGUAGCUCAAUUGCAGAAGCAAGUUGUUGAACUCAGGGCCCAGGUUGCUGAACUGAGAAAGUGUCAGUUGCCAUCAAAAAGGAUACCUGGGGAUAUCACUGAAGAGCUGAGACGAGAAAUAUCUGAGCUUAAGAGUCAAUUGUUAGACACUGCCAAGCCACAGAAGCAUAAGACAGGCAGGAAAGGUGAUGGCCAGACUGAGGACACUAAAUCAGCCACAGUCUCCUCUAAGGCUUUACAGUCAUUGAGUCAGAAGCCAAAACCCUGGUACUGCUUUCAGUGUGGCGAAGAUGGGCACAUUGCAGCUAGUUGUAGUAAUGACCCCAACCCAGCCCUAGUAGCUUCAAAGAGGAAGAAACUGAAUGAGAGGCAGAAAGCCUGGGAAGCCCAUCAUAGCCCCAAGGGAACAAGUCCUUUAAAUUAGUGUCAGCCCCUGUUAUGGGACAA